AUGAAUUCCUCCUCUCUUAAUGUGUCGAGUGCUCUGAGCUAUCGAGACUCUUGGAACACAGCUGUAGCCAAAAAUGUGAUUGUUGUGGCUCUUGGCCUCACCAUCAACUAUAUCAAUGGUACACUGAUCCACACCUUCAGAAAACACCAGAUAUUUUAUGUGAAUCCUCGUUACAUCCUCUUCAUCCACCUGGUGUUGAACGAUAUGAUCCAGCUCACUACAACAAUGAGCCUGUUUGUCUUUUCGUACGUCUUCUACAAAAUUAACGUUUCUCUCUGUUGCCUCAUCGUUACCUUUGCAGUCUUCACCACCCUGAACACUCCCUUAAAUUUAGCUGUCAUGGCAGUCGAGUGCUACAUCGCCAUUUGUUUACCUCUGCGACACGCUGAGCUCUGCACCAUCAAACGAACAUAUAUUCUGAUUGCUUGGAUUUGGACCAUGAGCGCAGUUUCCACCCUGCCAGACAUGUUUAUUCUUGUGGUAACGCAGCCUGUGCAGUUAUUUUAUUCAGCUAUUUUCUGUGAGAGGGAUAACCUGUUUAAACACCCUGCAAGUUUAAAAAAGAGGGAUGUUUCCUACAUCAUUUUCCUGGUUGGUGUUUGGCUCACUCUCGUCUACACUUACUUCAAGAUCUUCUUUGCUGCUAAAGCAGCUAAAGAUGCUAAAAAUGCAAAUGCAGAGAAGGCCAGAAAUACAAUCCUGCUGCAUGCCUUUCAGUUACUGCUGUGUAUGCUAACCUUUGUAGCCCAUUUAUUAAGAAAGGCUCUGCUGUACUGGUUCCCUAAACAUUACGUUCAUGUGGCUUUUUUUUCUUAUAUCAUGGUCCAGAUCCUCCCCAGGUUAAUCAGUCCUAUGGUGUACGGGCUACGAGACAAGACGUUUAGACAGCAUUUGAAAAAGCAUCUGCUGUGUACAGUGAGAGCGAGCUUCAAACCAUGGACUACAGCCAAGUUCAUGUUGCUCUGGUAGAUUACCAACUACACAGAUACAUUUCAAACCAAGCAU